AUGAGUGAUCUCGCAGCAAUGGAGUCUGAAUCUCCCAAUAUCCCACCCCCUCGAGAAAUCCAACUCCCCUCCUCCGUCCCAACCCUCGAUCAAAUCAUUUCAGCAAACGACUUCUCCCUCGCCGCGCAAAAAGCGCUAUCACCAAAAGCAUGGGCCUUUUACUCCUCCGCCGCCACCGACCUUGUCACAGUCUCCAAGAACAAGGAACUCAUCCGCCGAGUCAUGCUGCGCCCAAGAAUUCUACGAAAUGUCGCUGAAGUCAGUAUCAAGAGAAAUAUCUUGGGUCUCGAGAGUAAGGCGCCGUUCAUCAUGUGUCCUGCUGCCAUGGCGACGCUGGCGCAUCCGGAUGGUGAGCUUGGUUGGAGUAGAGCAGCUGCUAGUGAAGGAAUCUUUGAGAUCAUAUCGAGUAACGCUUCUUACUCUCUCCCCAACAUCAUCGGUGCAGCACCCCAAGGUCAUCCCUUCUUCCUCCAACUCUACGUAAACUCCCACCGCCCCAAGACAGUCGAACUCCUCCGCCGCGCUCGCUCCCUCGGUAUAAAAGCCAUCUUCGUGACUGUCGACGCCCCCGUUCCCGGAAAACGCGAGGCUGAUGAACGAGCACCCCAAGCCGUUGUUAUAAAAUCUGCCAUGAGCGGUAGUGAGAGCAGUAAGGAUGGCAAAGGCAGUGGACUCGGACGGUUGAUGGGGCAAUAUAUCGAUAAGAGUCUCUCUUGGGAGGAUUUGGAGUGGAUAAGACGGGAGAGCUCUGUGCCGAUUGUGCUGAAGGGUGUUCAGACUGUGGAGGAUGUUAAGUUGGCGGUUGAGUAUGGUGUUGAGGGUGUUAUGUUGAGUAAUCACGGUGGGAGAUCUCUUGAUGGUGCUCAAGCUUCCAUUCUCAUCCUUCUCGAAGUACGGAAGCGGUUCCCUGAAGCAUUUGAACAUCUUGAGAUCUUCAUUGAUGGAGGCUUUGAGCGCGGAUCUGAUAUCCUCAAGGCUAUUUCCCUAGGGGCUACAGCUGUUGGAAUUGCAAGGCCGUUUUUGUAUUCGCUGGUGUAUGGUCAAAAGGGUGUUGAACACCUUUCACAGAUUCUCAAAGAUGAGCUUGAGACUUCGAUGAGACUUGCUGGUAUUACUAGCUUGGAUCAAGCGACGCCUGAACUUGUUAAUACUCUGGAUGUUGACCAUUUGGUUACUUCUGGGCGUAUUGAACCGAGUUCAGUAUCACGAAGAGUAAGGUCUUCAAAGCUGUAG